AUGGGUGAUGAUAUGAUGUCAUACAAUGGUGGUGUUGCUUUAGCAAUGAAAGGUAAAGAAUGUGUAGCUAUUGCAUGUGAUAAACGUUAUGGUGUACAAAAUCGAACAAUUGCAACAAAUUUUACAAAAAUAUUUCAAUAUAGUGACCAUUGCUUUGUAGCAUUUUGUGGUUUGGCAACAGAUGUACAAACGGUAGCUGAACGUUUGAAAUUUCGUACAAAUUUAUAUGAAUUACGUGAACAACGAAAAUUAAAACCCACUGUAUUAUAUAAUAUGUUAACAAAUUUAUUAUAUGAACGACGAUUUGGACCUUAUUUUAUAUUUGCACUUGUCAUUGGUCUUGAUCCAAAAACUGGUGAAACAUUUGUUUUUGAUUCGGAUAACAUUGGAGCUAUUAGUGAUAAUGUUAAUUUGGCUACUGUUGGAACUGCUAGUGAAUAUAUUUUUGGUCUUGGUGAACUAUUCUUUAAGCCAAAUAUGAAUCCAGAUGAAUUAUUCGAAGCAACAUCACAAGCAUUAUUAAAUGGUGUUGAUCGUGAUUCAGCUAGUGGUUGGGGUGCAGUUGUCUAUGUUAUUGAAAAAGACAAGAUUACUGUACGAGAAUUGAAAGGUCGACAAGAUUAG